UGUUUGGACCUUGUGGUCUUGUACAUGAAAAUUAUUAAUUAUUAAUGGUUUAUUUUUACAAUGUUUUAAUGUGGUGGCAAAAUUUCACUGGCUGUGUCUAACCAAGUCUUUCUCUCCUUUCUUCUCCUUCUCGCACUGCCAUUUGAAACCCCUGACCCGAAUCGUUUCCUUUCUCCUCAUCCUCUGCCUCAGUCUCCCAGGAUCCAAUAUAAAUGGAAAUGGAAGCUUCAAAAUUUAUGGCUACAACGAACUGAAGCCUCUAUCAGACUUAGCUUGCCCGUUGUGAUAUUUGUGAAGGGUUAGUGGAAGAAUUUGGGGUGAAGUAAAGUGAAAAAUUGCCUUACGUUAGAAACGUGAUCAAGUUCCAUGGAAGAAGAGCAUCAAUGUUCUGGAAGUGGUGAAGAACCACAGACACAGGAACCAGAUGGAGAAGAUCAACAGCUGCAGCAUCAAUGCCAAGUACCUCGAGCUGAAGAGAAAUUUGUAUUGCAAUUUAUGGAUUCGAUGGAUAACUACCUAUCCCUCUUUGAUGCAGUGUCCUCCACACUUCGACAGGGAUGGUUUGACUUAGCAAGUGCUCGACAUUCCAUGGGUGCUUCUCGCAUUAAUAGUUCUUUAUUGGACCUGAAAUUUCAUUCAGCUGCUACAACAUUGAAGAUAACCAACUAUGAUGGUACACAGCCAUGCUUCAUGUUGCGUAAAUGGGUAUCCUCUGAACAUGAAAGUUCUCAGUUAGAAGAUGAGAAUGUGCAGUCACAAGAUGGUAGUAGUGUCAAAUCUUCUGAGGUGACCAUGGCUAAAAACUCAUCAGGACUUGUAGAAAAUGCUGAAGUUCAAAAUGAGCGAUCCAAGUCCUUGUCAAUUUUUGGAGUUUUAAUUUCCCCAAAGCUUCGAGCCUCCCAGCUGUCAUUUGAGAAAGCACUAGAGACACUCAUAGAAAUAGCCAAUAUGCAAUCGUCAUUGUUAUAUUCUUUUCACCAACUUCGAAGGGUGGAAGAUACCAAAGAAUAAAAAAGUACCAGCUCUUUCAGGUGUUUGUGUCAAAUAAUAAAUUACUGCGGUUGACAGGCUGACAAUAUCACAAGGGGUUACAUUAUUUUCCUAAAUAAAAUUCUCUUAUCUUUCCCUCCACCUAAAGAGGAGAGAGACAAGAAAAUUACUAGCAAAGUCUUUGGAAUAUGUUAUUGAUUUUAUGAGGAACUAAUGAAGAUGAGUUUUUUUUUCCCCACUUGGUGAUUAAUUGCUUAUACAGGCUGCUGGAAAUCCAUCGCAUGUGGACAAUCUGAUUGCAGUUUUGAGGAUUCAGUAUUCAAUGAUUUUGGUGUUCUAUUUAUUGAUGCAUCAGCAGACUGUGAACAUCUUCCUCAUUACGCUUAUUUCUUUUUAUAUUGGUUACAAAUACAUGAACAUUGAUUAUAGUAAGGGGGAAGGGUUUUACCCAACGCGUGCUAACAGAUUUGCGCAUGCUGAAGGGGCGUAACCUUUCUCUGCUACAUAUGUGGCCCGAAGUCAAUACAAAGGAUUUGGGCUUCAUUUUGGUUGAAUGAAUUAAUUUACUGAUGAAAA